AGAGCUGGCGCGGACAGAGGCUGGGAAGAACCCACAGGGAGACCCACAGAAACACAGACACAGGAGAGAGAGGAGGAGAGAGACAGAGACAAAGGCUUGGCGGCAGAAGGAGGCAGAGAGAGGGCAGGCACAGAGCAAAGGCAGACAGAGUCUGAGAAAGUGCAGAGGGAAAGGGCCGAGAAGCUGCAGAAGACACGGGCAAGGAGAGACAAAGAUCCAGGAAAGGGACUGUGGGAGGAGAGUUUGGAGGAGCCAGACAACUAGGCACCUCUCCUAAGCCUAAGAGCCAAGUUUUCUCCAUCUCCUCUGAAGGUCCCCAGCCCCUCUGAAAACUCUGCUUCUGACCCUGGCAUGAGUCCGAGCCCCCAGGCUACAGAGAGGAGCUUUCCAAAGCCAGGGCAGGGAGGACUUGGUGCCCAGACGGCCUCAGUCCCUCCCAGCUGCAGCACCAGUGCCAUGUCCCGGACGGACUCGCAUCCCGGGAGGGGCUUGGCGGGGUGCUGGCUGUGGGGAAUCCAACCCCGCCUGCUGCUCCCCACUGUGCCCGUCUCAGGGCUGGUGCUGCUGCUCCUGCUGCUGCUGGCCUCCCUCCUGCCCUCAGCCCGGCCGGCCAGCCCCCUUCCCCGGGAGGAGGAGAUCGUGUUUCCAGAGAAGCUCAAUGGCAGCGUCCUGCCUGGCUUGGGCGCCCCUGCCAGGCUUUUGUACCGCUUGCCAGCCUUUGGGGAGACGCUGCUACUAGAGCUGGAGCAGGACCCAGGCGUGCGGGUUGAGGGGCUGACGGUACAGUACCUGGGCCAGGCGUCUGAGCUGCUGGACAGGGCAGAGCCCGGCACCUACCUCACUGGAACCAUCAACGGAGAUCCGGAGUCGGUGGCAUCUCUGCACUGGGAUGGGGGAGCUCUGUUAGGGGUGCUGCAGUAUCGAGGGACCGAACUCCACAUCCAGCCCCUGGAGGGAGGCACCCCUAACUCUGCCGGGGGGCCUGGGGCUCACAUUCUACGCCGGAAGAGUCCUGCCAGCGGCCAGGGCCCCAUGUGCAACGUCAAGGCUCCUCCCGGGAAUCCCAGCCCCAGCCCCCGAAGAGCCAAGCGCUUUGCUUCACUGAGCAGAUAUGUGGAGACUCUGGUGGUAGCAGAUGACAAGAUGGCGGCAUUUCAUGGUGCAGGGCUAAAGCGCUACCUGCUGACAGUUAUGGCAGCAGCGGCCAAGGCCUUUAAGCACCCCAGCAUCCGCAACCCCGUCAACUUGGUGGUGACUCGGCUAGUGAUUCUGGGGCCGGGUGAGGAAGGGCCCCAAGUAGGGCCUAAUGCUGCCCAGACCCUGCGCAGCUUCUGUGCCUGGCAGCGAGGACUCAACACCCCCGAGGACUCGGACCCUGACCACUUCGAUACAGCCAUUCUGUUUACCCGUCAGGACCUGUGUGGGGUCUCUACUUGUGACACUCUGGGCAUGGCUGAUGUGGGCACUGUGUGUGACCCGGCUCGGAGCUGUGCUAUCGUGGAGGAUGAUGGGCUCCAAUCAGCCUUCACUGCUGCUCAUGAACUGGGCCAUGUCUUCAGCAUGCUCCAUGACAACUCAAAGCAAUGUGUGGGUCUGAAUGGACCUGGGAGCACCUCUCGCCAUGUCAUGGCUCCUGUGAUGGCUCACGUGGAUCCCGAGGAGCCCUGGUCCCCCUGCAGCGCUCACUUCAUCACCGACUUCCUGGACAAUGGCUACGGGCACUGUCUCUUAGACAAGCCAGAGGCUCCCUUGCAUCUGCCUGUGACUUUCCCUGGCAAGGACUAUGAUGCUGACCGCCAGUGCCAGCUGACCUUCGGGCCUGACUCACGCCAUUGUCCGCAGCUGCCGCCGCCCUGUGUUGCCCUCUGGUGCUCUGGCCAUCUCAACGGCCAUGCCAUGUGCCAGACCAAGCAUUCACCAUGGGCUGAUGGUACCCCCUGUGGGCCUUCACAGGCCUGUAUGGGUGGCCGCUGCCUCCACAUGGACCAGCUCCAGGACUUCAAUAUCCCACAGGCUGGUGGCUGGGGUCCCUGGGGAUCAUGGGGUGACUGCUCUCGGACCUGUGGGGGUGGUGUCCAGUUCUCUUCCCGGGACUGCACGCGGCCCAUCCCCCGGAAUGGUGGCAAGUACUGUGAGGGCCGCCGUACCCGCUUCCGUUCCUGCAAUACCCAGGACUGCCCAACUGGCUCAGCAUUGACCUUCCGUGAAGAGCAGUGUGCUGCCUACAACCACCGCACUGACCUCUUCAAGAACUUCCCAGGGCCCAUGGACUGGGUCCCUCGCUACACGGGUGUGGCCCCCCGGGACCAGUGCAAACUCACCUGCCAGGCCCAGGCACUGGGCUACUACUAUGUGCUAAAGCCACGGGUCGUAGAUGGGACCCCCUGUUCCCCAGACAGCUCCUCGGUCUGUGUCCAGGGCCGCUGCAUCCAUGCCGGCUGUGACCACAUUAUUGGCUCCAAAAAGAAGUUUGACAGAUGUAUGGUGUGCGGUGGGGAUGGUUCUAGCUGCAGCAAGCAGUCUGGCUCCUUCAGAAAAUUCAGGUACGGAUACAACGAUGUGGUCACUAUCCCAGCAGGAGCCACCCACAUCCUGGUCCGGCAGCAGGGAACCCCUGGUCUCCGGAACCUCUACAUGGCCCUGAAGCUCCCAGAUGGCUCCUAUGCCCUCAAUGGUGAAUAUACGCUGAUACCCUCCGCCACAGACGUGGUACUGCCGGGGGCCGUCAGCUUGCGCUACAGCGGGGCCACUGCAGACUCGGAGACACUGUCAGGCCACGGGCCCCUGGCCCAGCCCUUAACGCUGCAGGUCCUGGUGGCUGGCAACCCCCAGAACGCACGCCUCCGGUACAGCUUCUUCGUGCCCAGGCCAGCCCCUUCGACGCCACGGCCCACGCCCCAGGACUGGAUGCACCGCAAGGCGCAAAUUCUGGAGAUCCUCCGGCGGCGUUCCUGGACGGGCAGGAAAUAACCUCACCAUCCCGGCUGCCCUUCCUGGGCACCGGGGCCUCGAACUUAGCUGGGAAAAAGAGGAGGCUCUGCAGCUGCCUCACGCGGAGACACAGUGGGAGAGGGGCUGUGAGGGUGAGCCCCGCCCCCUUCUCUGCCCUGAUGCGCAGGCUGGCCCUGCCCUGGUUUCCUGCCCUGGACGGCAGUGAUAGGUGGAAGGGGCUGGGAGACAGUCCCCUAUCUAAACUGCCCCCUCUGCCCUGCUGGUCACAGGAGGGAGGGGGAAGGCAGGGUGGGCCCCAAUUGUAUUUAUUUAGUAUUUAUUCACUUUUAUUUAGCACCAGGGAAGGGGAUGAGGGCUAGGGUCCUGGGGAAACUGACUGCCUGCCCUCAGGGCCCUCACCCCAGCUAGGAAAUCCAGGGUGGUACUGAUAGGUGCAAGUGAUCUGUGUGUGUGUAUGUGUGUGAGAAAAUGCGUGUGUGUGUGUGUGUGUGUGUGUGUGUGUGUGUGUGUGAGGUUCAUCCUGCCCAGCUUUCCUCUCUCUGAAUUUUAUUUUCUGGGAAAGGAAUAUUUUCAGGGAGUAAGGGAUUAUCAUAUUUUUUAAAUAUAAAUUGAAUUCUGCUAUUUAUAUGCUCCUUUUGGAGUCAGACAAAUGUGGGUUGCACCCUGGCUCCACAUCUCUGAACAUUUGUUUCCUCAUUUGACAAUAAUAAUACCUCCCUUGUAAGGAUUAAAUAAUGUAAAUAAAGAACUAGCAUAAUGCCUCGCACUUGGCAAGUGCUCAACAAA